AUGGCGUCUGCGGGCCAGGAUGUUACGGCGCGCGAGAACCAUCGUGUCGGCGAGAAUUGGAGUGGAAGCAAUCCGAUCCCCACGGUCCAGAAGUUCAUUGAGCGUCUGGACGUUGAAAAGAAGCAGCGAGAUCAGCGGAUUGACGAAGAAGAAAGGGCUCGCAAGGAUCGCGAAAGAUUACGGCAAAAGCAGCAAGCACAGCCGGGAAGCUCACAAGCCAAUUCCAAUGACGAGAUAUCGGCUCAUCAGGCCCGUGAAAUCGCUCGGUCCAAGGUUCGCACGGUGACCGACCCGACCACUGGUAAGGAGAUUGGAGUUGAGGAUCAAGGCCCCGAGUCCAUGGAAGCUGUCAAAAAUCCAAUGUUGACUGUCCCGAACGCCAAUCUUGGCCGACCAACUGAGCAUCAAACUCGCGCCGAUCAAGAUCCAGCCGAGUACAAGGAAAAGCAGGACAUCACGGCUCCUCCCGAUCCCAUUGCCGAAGGAACAACGUCCGAUGUCCCUAUCCGCGGCGAGAAGACGAAUAUUCUGUUCCAUCCCACUCCCACCGUUACUUACAAUCCAAUGUAUGAUCAAUUGGAGAAACGCGGAACGGCACUGUGUAUUGGAAUCGCAGUGGCUAUCAUCUUUUUGGGACGAACUUUCGGAGGGUCUCUACUGGGUCUUAUCCCACUGGCCUUUUGCAUUACUAGCGGUGUGUGGCUAUGGGUGCAAGAGGUCAUCAGAAGCGGUCGGCAGAUGGAAUGGAAAAGCGAGGAGCUUCGUGGACAGAUGGCGACCGCGAACUUGCUUCCCGAGUCUGUUGAAUGGAUGAAUUCAUUCAUGGCCGUCAUCUGGGGUCUCAUCAACCCAGAUAUGUUUAUCCCCAUGGCCGACACGAUCGAAGAUAUCAUGCAAGCAUCCGCCCCGGGGGUGGUCGAAAAUGUCCGAAUUGCCGAGAUCGAUCAGGGAAGUAACCCUCUCCGCAUUCUCAGUAUGCGAGCUCUGCCAGAUGACCACGUUCAAAACUUGAAAGACAACAUUCACGAGGAGAAUUUGAAGAACAAAGAUCCCCAAGAGGCUGCGGCGGCAGAGGAGGGUGGCAGUUUCUACAACAUGGAGGCGUCUUUUGCGUACCAUGCUCAACCGACUGGUCAAUCUACCUCGUCAAAAGCUCGCAACAUGCACAUGAACCUCGUAUUCUACCUAGGAAUUCGAGGACUCUUUGGUGUCCCUUUCCCUGUCUUUGUUGAGUUGACCGAGUUGGUUGGUACAGUCCGACUGCGCUUCCAACUUAUGCCGGAGCCACCAUUUAUGAAAGAGGUGACUUUCAGUUUGGUUGGCAUUCCUCAUGUGCGUGCUGGCUGUAUGCCCAUGCUUCGUCGCGGUGUCAAUGUUCUCAAUCUGCCGUUGAUCUCCAAAUUCGUCAACUACGCCAUCAGCACAGCCUGCGCCAUGUUUGCAGCCCCUAAGUCGAUGACUCUUGACUUGAGCAUGAUGCUCAAGGGUGACGAUAUCCAAAAGGAGACUCAGGCACUUGGUGUCAUGUGGAUUCGUAUCCACCGUGCCCUUGGACUGAGCAAGCAAGACCGCCGGGGCAGCGAAGGUGGCGGCAGCGACCCUUACAUCAACCUGUCUUUCUCGAAGUACGGCAAGCCCAUGUACUGCACACGUGUCAUCACAGACGAUCUGAACCCCAUCUGGGAGGAAACGGCCGCGCUGCUGGUUACCCCUGAGCUGAUCAAAGCAAAUGAGAAUCUGAGUGUUGAACUCUGGGAUUCGGAUCGCCACACUGCAGACGAUGUCUGUGGAAAGGUGGAGUUACCGAUCCGAGAGAUGCUGCAACAUCCAGGGCGAAUGUAUCCUCAAGUCUCCAAAUUGCAAGGGCUCAACGAGGGUAGCGAAAUGCCCGGCGAACUGCAUUGGGAGGUCGGCUAUUUCGGGAAACCGAAGUUGCGCCCCGAGCUUCGGACGGACGGUAGGAAGAAGGAUCUCCCCGAAAAUCUGCAAGGAGAUCCGGUUUUCGAGGAUGAUAAGGGCACUAUUACCAACGAAGAAGAGGAUGCAGUGGCACACACCCCUCCAGAUCCCCUCUGGCCUAGUGGUAUUGUGUCGAUUGUCGUGCACCAGAUUGUCAACCUUGAGCUCAACAACAUCAAGGGAAGCUCCGGAAACCGCAAGGGCAAAGAAUUUGAGCCCGCAAAGCCAUACGGCGAAAACACGGAGGAGGAGGGCAAGAAUCUGCCUACCAGCUACUGUAAAAUCCAGCUCAAUGACCAACUGAUUUACAAAACCCGGGCUAAAGCUGUUAGCUCAAGGCCUAUUUUCAAUGCUGGUACGGAGCGAUUUGUUCGUGACUGGCGAUCUGCCGUGGUCACAGUUACUGUGCGAGAUCAACGUUACAGAGAACACGACCCGAUUCUGGGUGUUGUCCCCAUCAAACUUUCCGAUAUCCUCGAGACUAGCUCUCAGGUCACGCGUUGGUACCCACUCGAUGGUGGCAUUGGCUUUGGCCGCAUUCGUAUUUCGAUUCUUCUUCGGCAUGUUGAAACAAAGCUUCCGCCAAACAUGCUUGGUUGGGACGUGGGUACUUUCGAAUUCGCCGGCGAGAAGAUUGUUGCCAAGGACUGGGGCCACCAUGGCAAAAUACGAUUGCGCACCAGUGGAAGCACGGGCAAAUUGAGUCGCCGAGUCGCAUCCAUGGAUGGUAAAGACUUGACAUUCGACCUUUCCGACCAGUCAUACCGGGAUGGCAUUCGUCUGCCUGUCAAACACAGAUACCGCUCACCGGUCGUUUUUGAGUUUCACAACCAGAGCAAGCGUGGCAUUGCCGCUUAUGCCGUCCUCUGGCUGCAGCAUCUGGUGGACAAUGAGGUGGCAGAUAUUGACAUUCCCAUUUGGACCACCAAGAAUGGGCCCCGCUUAACCCAGAAUUACGUUACCGAAGCCAACUGGAAGGCCAAGGAGGUUCCCGGGCUCGAAGACCUCACCGAAGUUGGCCGGUUGCAAUUCAAAUGCGUCUUCUCCCCAGGAACGGAUGAAUCACACGAGCGGUUCGUUACCGAUAACGACUCUCGCGAGACCUUUGAAACCUGGGAAGCCUGCGCUGCGCAAGGUGUGCGCUCUCGCAGCGUCUCCAUUGACGUGCCCAGCGAGACCUUGAAGAAACAUGAGCAAUCACUCAUUGAUGGUCGCGACGUACUCAAGCAAGCUGAUCCCCGUGAGCGUCGUCAAUGGAUUGACCAUGAGGGCAAUGACUGGAGUGGCGCUUUUGGACAGGAUCCUCGGGCAUACACUGAUAGCGAUGGUCACAAGAUGGCCGAGCCAGGGCGUGAUCAACCCCCUUAUGAUCCGGUGACACCGCAGUCUCCUAACAAUGAGUCCAUCCCGAACACCGCUCGUAACGGGCCAAGUAGUUCAAAUCUGGAAAAUUCCGAACUGGCGGAGAAGCCAGAGUCAUACGAUUCUGACUCCGAUUCCAAUUCGUCCGAUUCUUGGGCCCCUUCCACAGUGAGUCCCACAGAACGGCGAUCCUCUGUGGCCAGUGGUAGUCACUUGAGCCCCAAGCAAGCCAAGCGAGCUAAUCGUCGAAGUGAGCAACGCGAGCACCGUGGGAUCAUGCAGUGGAAGCCCGCGCGGAACGCAGCUUUUGCCAAAGAUGAAGCUGUGUAUGCGCUUCGUAAAAUGAAGAUGAAGGUUGGCAUGGGUGACAUGACCGGCCGGGAGCCCGAUGUUGAGACGGAGACCUGA